AAAAUCCAAUUGAAAGUUUAUGAAUUAUGCCAACCAAUUUCUCACAAUUGAACAUGGUGUUCACCUCCACGCGCCCUCCAUGGUCUUUAUAUAAGCCAUGACUUGUAAAAGCAGAAAAGGAAAGAAUCUAUAGUCAUAGACAUCAAGGACAAGAAUCCAAGCGGAGACCCGGAGCCGCUUCUCACCCAUUUUUUUGGAACACCAAACCACCCAAAAGUCAUUUUAUCAAAUUCCCCUUAACCACAGUUAGCUCCAAAAUUCUAUAUGUAAAAUAAACCAUGGUUACCUAACCCACCUCAAAUUGGUAACCAUAUACAUUUCUCCACAUGCACUUUGGCUCUCUCUAUAUAUUUCUCUGUAUUCCCUUCCCACCCAAAAAAACUUAUUUUUAUAUUUUUCUGUAUUCCCUUCCCAAACUUAUUUCUUCUUCUUCUUCUUUCGUAUUUUCUUAUGCUGAAAGGUCUCUCAGGAUGAGUUGCAAUGGCUGCAGAGUUCUCCGAAAAGGGUGCAAUGAAAAUUGCAUGCUUAGGCAAAGUUUGCAAUGUAUAGACAACCCUCAAGCCCAAGCACACGCCACCGUUUUUGUGGCCAAGUUCUUUGGCCGUGCCAGCCUUAUGUCUUUCCUUUACUCCGUGCCUCAAUCUCAACGACCUGUUUUGUUUCAGUCGCUUUUGUUUGAAGCUGUGGGUCGGGCGGUGAACCCCGUGAGUGGAGCGGUGGGAUUGCUAUGGAGUGGGAACUGGAACGUCUGCCAGUCGGCGGUGCAGAAGGUGCUUCAAGGAGGCGCGUUGGAGCCGCUACCCGAAUUUAGCGGCCGGGUUUCAGGGUCAAACUUUGAGGAUGUUUCAGAAACGGUUGGUGGAUACGGGCAGUGUUUCUUGACAAGAGAGGAAGAUUUUAAGAAAAGGAAGGGUUUUGGUGACGGGGUUAAAUGUCAAGCAACUGAUCUUGAUCUCUGCUUGAUGAUCGGUGAUGAUAGAGCAGUGAAGAGGACGAGAGAAGCUACGCCGUCAGAGGAGUCCGAAACAACGACAUUGGGAAGCCGCUCUGGAGAUGGCAGUAGUUCAAAGGGCGAUGAACAAAAACUUUUGAGACUGUUCAUCUGAGAAAACUUUUCAAUCGUUUAUUUUGGUAUAAGUUAAGGAACUAUGAGAUACGAUCUUUCUUUUCUUCUAUAUUCGCCACGGUGAAGUUCGAUGAGUUUUGUAGUAUUUUCGAAUUUCCCUUAUAUAUGUAAAAAAAAAAAAAUUAUGUAUGAGUUUUUAUUGAAUAAG